UUCAUUCCUUUCCUUUCUUUUCCCUCUCCCCUUUUUUUCCUUUCCCUCCAUAGACCUUUCGCUUUAUCGUGAACUCUUGUACUGUCACAGAUAAUGUUUCGAUCAAUUCCCCGUCGAAUCCCUCGACGCCUUCCCACGCCCACGUCUACAUCUCGCCUCGCCCUUCGUUCCUUUACCUGCGGCUAUCCGCGGAUGUCGGUGCCACCGCUAUCCGCUGUUGAACCUCCCGUGUCGACAGCAUUACCAUGCGAUUCCUACCAACUUCUAUCGACGGUUGACAAGGCCGGAGCAGCUGAGGAUGCUUUGUACGAGCAACAGAUCAAAGAUGUGGAAGCGUGGUGGAACACGCCGCGUUUCGAGGGCAUCAAGCGACCCUAUUCGGCUGCGGACGUGGUCAGCAAACGGGGCUCACUGCAACAGACUUACCCCAGCUCCUUGAUGGCGCGGAAACUCUUCAACUUGCUGAAUGAAAGAGCGGCGGAAGGGAAACCGGUUCAUACCAUGGGCGCCAUUGAUCCGGUGCAAAUGACGCAGCAGGCCCCAAACCAAGAAGUCCUGUAUAUUUCCGGUUGGGCAUGCUCCUCCCUUUUGACUACUACCCACGAAGUAUCGCCAGACAUGGGUGACUACCCGUACAACACGGUUCCGAACCAAGUCCAGAGACUGUUCAAAGCUCAACAACUGCAUGAUCGCAAGAACUGGGACGCUAGGCGGAAAAUGACCCCGGAGGAGCGGAAGUCUACCCCUUACGUAGAUUUCAUGCGACCGAUUAUCGCGGAUGGAGAUACUGGACAUGGAGGACUCUCUGCAGUCCUAAAGCUUGCCAAGCUCUUCGCUGAGAAUGGUGCUGCUGCGGUCCACUUCGAAGACCAGCUCCAUGGCGGAAAGAAGUGCGGUCACCUCGCAGGCAAGGUCAUUGUGCCCGUGGGCGAGCAUAUCAACAGGCUUGUUGCCGCUCGUUUCCAAUGGGAUAUGAUGGGUUCUGAGAACCUCCUCAUCGCCCGGACAGACUCGGAGAGUGGAAAACUGCUCAGCAGCGCUAUCGAUGUGCGCGACCACGAGUUUAUCCUAGGUGUGACAGAGGAGGCUGAGCCUCUGGCAGAAACUUUGCAGGCGAUGGAACGGGAAGGUGCUGCCCCUGCAGAGAUCGAUGCUUAUGAAUUGGACUGGGUCAAGGGCCACAAGCUUGUCACAUUCGACGAAGCUGUCGACGCACACCUCGAAAGAGAAGGAGCCGCUCAAUCAGUUAGGGAUGCAUACAAAAAGCGAGUUCAGGAGAAUCCCGACCUCUCCAUUACCCGUCGGAGAGCCCUCGCAAGUGACUACACAAAGACCCCGGUGGUCUGGUCCUGGGAUAUUCCCCGGACGCGGGAAGGCUACUACCAUUACAAGGCGGGCUUCCCAGCAGCCACCAAGCGAGCCAAGGAGUUUGCCCCCUACGCAGACCUCCUCUGGGUUGAAACCGGCAAUCCAAAUGUCGAGAAGGCCGCCAAGCUGGCCGGAGACGUCCGGAGCGCCUUCCCCGGCAAGAAGCUAGUCUACAACCUGAGUCCGUCAUUCAACUGGAUGGGACAGGGCUUCACCGAAGAGUCCCUCAAGUCUUUCAUUUGGGACCUUGCCCCGCACGGAUUCGUGCUGCAAUUGAUCUCCCUCGCCGGCUUACACACCAACGCCACCGUGACAACGGAGCUUUCCCGUGCCUUCAAGGACGAGGGCAUGCUCGCCUACGUACGCCAAAUCCAGGCACGCGAGAAGGAACUCGGAGUCGAGGUCCUUACUCACCAGAAAUGGAGCGGUGCGCCAUACAUGGAUGGUAUCCUGGGUGCUAUCCAAAGCGGCAACAGCAGUAGCAAGAGCAUGGGAGACGGAAACACAGAAAAGGGUUUUUAAAUCAAAAGUCAGUGGAUACAGACUUGACAAGGUUAAAUGAGAGUCGAUGUCCCAGGUGAUGUUCAAUAUAGUCAUGCUUUCAAUGUAAACCAUAGACGCCGAUUUACGACUGUUUGUUAUUUUAUUUUAUUUUUUUUGCCAUUCAGAAAUAUACCUAGUAAUUGCAAUUUUCCAAUUCUUUUUAACAUGCAAUGCAUAACCUCUCACAUAAGGCACAACUAUAGCAAAAAUAGAUAUCCUAACACUAUAGGUACAUCCCAUCCACCGCUAAUGGAUCUAUAAGACUCCCCCAAAACAACGACCUUCCAACACGCGCAGUAAUCAACACACGACCAUAGCAAGCAAUUAAAGUAACAAAAUCCCAAACCCAAAGGGCAAAGGGCAAAGGGCAAAGAAAAAAAGAAAAAAUAACGGAAGAAAGAAAAGAUAGGUUCAGAGCCCCCUAACCCCCAACCCCAACCCUCUGGCAAACCCAAGAAGUUCAAUAACGCAGUGCGGAAAAAUUUCCCCAAAACAUAACUGGCCAAAAUCACAAUUUAUACACAUGUUUCCUACUUUGCAUAAGAUACGUAAGAAUGUAUAAAUCUCUCAUCAAAAAAAAAAAUUAUACAUAUACAUAUACGUCCCGAGAAUAAGUACACCCGUAUGCUUUAUAUACUUCGAAUAACUAGAAUAAAUAACUUAUAGUUCGGUUAAAGGUAGCUAGUGCGAGUAAUUU